AUGGCAUCAGUAUGCUUAAGCCAACACGAUAUCAAUAUCCUCGAGAAAAUCAAGGAUCCGGAGUCAAACCCAUAUGCCGGUAUCGUUCUAGACUCCUCAUUACCACGGGACCCAAACAUUACGGAUGCCACGAUAUAUGAGCGAGUAAUCGAGAGGGAGCGAGGCAUAAUUCGUUCCAUCCAGAGCCUUGAAACCCAGUUGAAGAGUCUUGGAUCUGAGGAAGGAAAAGAUGUUGCUGUCAAGGGCUAUCAGCAAAGCCUUUCGGCGGUUGAGAGUAUGAUUGCCGAGUAUCCCAACUACGCCAGCGCCAGAAACAACCGUGUACAGAUCCUUAGGCGGCUAUAUGGAGAUGCGAUGAUGCUCUCCGAUACCAGAGACACCUCCGCGCCCUUAAUAGAGUCACCCGACCAGGCGGAAAGGAAAAAGGCUGUUGUAACAGCAUUGAGCGAUAUCGAAGCGUCGAUCGCACUUCUUACCCCUUCAUCACUAAGCAUGCCUGUUUCUCCUCAGGCUGCGCGCACUCUGUCUAUGGCUCACACCCAACGAGCUGCAUUAUAUCUGAAAACAGCCAGACUAAUGCUAAGUCGCUCUUUGGAUAUCGAUGGGAUCCUCGAAGAAUCCAAAUGGGAAAGACUCGACUUCGAGGGUGCCGCAUCUCGAGACCUGGCAUUUGGUGGAAAGUAUGGAAAUCCAAUUGCAAAGGGUUUGGCCGUAAGUGUCAACCCUACGGCGAAACUCUGCGGACAAAUUGUUCGAGAAGCGAUGAAGAAGGAAUACGGCCCAUCUUUUGGUGACUAA